AUGUUUACCGCUCUUAUUGCUCCUGAAAUUGUGGUGUUUCUUUCCGUGAGACAAUGGCUGGCCGCGAGAGAGAUAUCAAGACAACAUAAAGAUCAAGGUUGGACGAUGACUCAUGCACACUUCCUCAUAAUGGGCGGCUUUGUGCUUAUGAAGGGCGAUGAAGACAUGGGCACGCUUACCUGCGAGCUUUUCCAAGAGCUCGUUGCAUCUGACGAACUAACAUUCCCGACGAUAACCAAGGAAGAUAUCGAAGAGUAG